ACAUUUCAAGGGAGAGAACUCGAAUGCACCAUCGGAAAUGACAGGCUGACAGGCAUCUAUAUAUUCUUUGGCUAAAAUCGCCCAAUAUGUAUCGAAAGCUCCGACCACGGAACAUUCUAAGUGUAUUGAAUGAUAGAAGUGUUUCUGAAAGCGUAAACAGUAGAAAAAUAAUAUGGGAUAGACUAUCAGACACCAAAACCCUCUUCUUCAAAGAUUUGAAGGAACAUUUUGGAUGCGUAAAUGCAAUUGAAUUUUCUAACCAAGGCGGAGAACUGAUCGCAUCAGGUGGAGAUGACCGCAGGGUUCUGAUAUGGAAUGUAGAGAAAGCAUUGUCGGAUAUAUCCAAACCCUGGUCACUCAAAGGAGAACAUACCAGCAACAUAUUCUGUCUGGCCUUUGAUACAGAUAACACCAAAGUCUUCUCUGGAGGAAAUGAUGAGCAAGUGAUUGUCCAUGAUUUGCAAACAGGAGAGACUCUGGAUGUGUUUUUACAUGAGGAUGCUGUUUAUGGUAUCUCUGUUAACCCAGAGAAUGGGAACGUGUUUGCCACAGCCUGUGAUGACGGCAAGAUUCUGCUUUAUGACAUCAGGGAGCCUCCAGCAACAGCAGAUGCCAUUUGUCUGGCAAGUUACACUUCUUCCAUGCAUGCUGUGAUGUUCAAUCCAGUGGAACCCCGUCUCCUAGCAACAGCCAAUGCCAAGGAAGGACUGGGAUUAUGGGACGUCAGGAAACCCAAGAGUUGUUUAUUGAAAUAUGGAAGUGGUGUAGCUCAGCAGAGUGCUAAUAGUGUGAGGAUAAACAGCUCUGGUGACCGGAUUCUGGCACUGCGGCGCCGACUUCCACCCAUUCUCUACAACAUUCACAGCAGUAAACCAAUAUGUGAGUUUGACCAUGCUGGGUAUUUCAAUUCCUGCACAAUGAAAAGCUGCUGUUUUGCUGGUGACAAAGAUCAGUAUGUCCUGUCUGGAUCAGAUGACUUUCAGUUAUACAUGUGGAAAAUUCCAGAGGAUUUGUCAUCAAGACGCUAUGUGAAUGAUGCUCACAUGGUUCUUCAUGGUCACAGGUCUAUUGUGAAUCAAGUUCGCUUCAACCCAAACAAUCACAUCAUAAUUUCUUCUGGAGUUGAGAAAAUGAUAAAGGUGUGGAGCACUUUUCCUUUACCAAACACUUCAGAAAUUACUAAUAAAAGCAUCAAAGAACGUCCAGUGUACAGUCAUGAGGAGUAUAUAAAUCUCAUUCUGAAUAGUGGACAAUUCAUGUCACAUGACUAUUCUAACCAAUCAGUGGAAGAGGAUCCUCGUAUGAUUGCGUUCUUUGACUCCCUGGUUCAGCGCGAGCUGGAGGGUAACAGUUCUGACCCAGAAAUGUCAAGUGGAGAAGAAGAAAUCUAUGAAAGAAUAAUGCAACUGUCUCGAUCAGAUAUUUCUGACAGCUCAGAGGACGAAGUAAAUUUAGUGAGGCAUGACGGAUCGUCAUCAGAGAGGCGUGAUCUAGACAGUGACACAGACAGUAUCGAUGAUCCUGCUUUUAGUCCUUUCACUCUGGCAUUUGCAAGUGUCAUGGCUGCACAGGCCACAGAUAGAAAUCCUGCAAACAGACUCUUGAAUGCUUUGGCUGGAGAAAAUGGUAAUAAUAAUGAAAACCAGAAUUCCCGACGAAGCAUUUCUGAACUCAUCGCUCAAAAGAGAACCGAAAUGAAAAAAAGAAUGCAAAAUGGUAAAUUGCCCAAACAAAAGAAAUCACAGAUUGACUCUUCAGAUUCAAGUGAUAAUGAACAGCAUCUGUCUGGACACCCAGACAAUAUUGUUGCUGCUCAAAGACAGAGGAGGAACCUACAGUUACAGAGACUUAGACAGCUCAGACAAAGUGUCCUACAGACAGAAGAGGAAAGUUGUGAAGAAAACGAACUGACAUCCCCUGCAGUAAAUGGUCAUUCAGAGCCUUCCACAUCCAAAGGAAAUCCAGAGUUUGGUCCAUUUUUAUCUCACAACAAUAAAAACAAUUCUACUCACAGCUCCUGUGCAGAAAAUGGAACAGAAUCAGAAAGACUGUUCAGUGAAAAAUUAAAUUCUCAUGUGACAAACCAAGAACCAAAGGACAAUGUCAGUGAUCGUCAUGGUGACAACCAGCAACCAGGCUGUAGUCAUGACAAUGAGGAAGAGGAUAGACGACAGAACUGGACAGAAUUCAAACGUUUCAAAAAUCGAACGAAAAAGAAUAAACGUGUGUAUCGUAAACAUAAUGAUAAAGAUGAUCCUUAAAAUAAAUCAUCCAGUAAGGUCUGAGGAGAAUUCAAUUUCUUUAAAUGGAUUGAUAUCAACUUUUUUUCUGGUAGUCUGUAAAUACUUAGCAGUUCAAUCAUGAUGAAGAUUUUGACACUGAAAUAAGAAUAUGAACAUGUAAAAUGAAAUAAUGAAAAUUCAGAAAUAUUCACGGUAUACUUGAUUAAAUUAAAUGGAAUUAUACAUGUAAUGUAUAACUUAAUUAUUAAUCCAUGAAUAGCAUAAAAUUCUGGUAUCAAAACUACUGUAAACCAAUUUUUAUUCCUGUGCAAGGAAUAUCUGCGAGUUUGGCAACCUACUUUAACUUGUGAAUAUUAAUUGCCUUAAACUAUAGAUUGGCUUUGUAUUUGUAGAAUUGUUUCUUCAGUCCCAAAAAUAAAUCUUCACUGAUUGACAAAUUGGGAAUAAAAGAUGACAUGAAUAAUGAUUUACAGUAACCCCAUGAAUAUUUUUGCCUGUACAAUAUCUAUCUUUGUGGAGGGUUUAUGUUUGGUAUAUUUCUGUUAGCUAAUUUUGAUGCUGUAUUUUGUAAAGUUAUGUCUUUGUUUUCAAACUUUGUUAACGUCCUGUACAUAACAUUCUGUACAAAUUUGUUAGAAUAUACUGAUAUUUUAUUGUGGCAUACAAUUAGAAUGACUGUGUUAAUUGUUCCUGUACUAUAAUAAGUACUUUGAUUUGAGUCAUCUGGAAUGUGGCCAUUUUGAAUGCAUACAUUACAUUGGUACACAUUAAAGUGGUAAAAUUGUUCCAGUGAAAGGAAUGUUUUGAGCUUUCUUUAGGAGCAUCUAUUGUCACAUAAUGACAUGCCAAUUUCUUUAGAACCAAGAAAACUAUACCUUUUGCAAACAUUUUAAUAUGCCCUACUCUCUGACUAAAAAUGUAACAAUUGCUGAAAGAGAAAUAAUGAAAGACUCCCUGCCUCUGUGAACCUUCAAAUUACAAUGAAUUUACAUAAUAAUGCAUUUAUUGCAAUAUUGUGAAUCAAUUUAGCACAUGUGUAUGCAGUAUUUAUGUAGACUGCCAAUCUGAAUGGCCAUUAUCUUUAUAGAAUGGUGCAUUUGAGAAAAUUUGACAUUUGGAGCUUCUUUCCGAGUGCAGACAGAUGUAGCCUCACCCACUCACCCUUACAGUAUGUCAUCGUGUUACAAUUAAUUCAUAUUUAGGUUGAUUUGUCUUAAGACUGCUAAAACCACUGGGAACUAUAGGUUGUUAAACGAAAGUCCAAAAUGUUCCAUUCAUACAGAAAAUCUAACCACUUCUAUUUGCAUCAAUGUAAGUAGAGGGCAAUAAGAGAAUUUAUCCCCUGACCAAUCAUUUGUCAUUUUUUCCCGAAGAAACUAUACAAUUAUUUUAAUGGCAUACAAACUGCAUUGUAGCUCUAUCAAAGCAAAACUGAUGAUUGUGUAUUAUUGAAAGUUAAACCUUUACUGAAAAUAACACACCAGUAUACAAUGUGGAAUUCUUAAUAUCAUAAUGAAGGUUUAAGGGGUAUAUAGGAAUCACAUCGUCUGUCUGUCUCCCGGUCCAUGUAGUUGUGUCCAGUCUAUAACUGUCUUAUUGAGAGGCAUUGGAUUACCCCAACUUUUUAUUGAAUAAGGCGCAUACAAUGAUUGACUAAAUUUACAACUGUAAAUUGUGUAUUAUAGACUCUGGUAUGUUUAACAUCUCUCUACAGCUACUGUAACAACAUUUUUUUCAUAAUUCAUCUCUGUUCUAAACUGAGUAAGGUUAGUAGUUGAGUUUAAUUUAUGAUGUAAAGAUGUAUACAUGUCUUAAAUAUUUUACAUUUUACCAGGGUUGAAAUGUACUGAUAUUUAUUUUUUGUUUAUGAUAAAUAAGAUCAUGCAAAUUCUAAUUAUUAGAUAUUCAUGUAUAUAUUUACAAUUUAAUAUUAAACUGCAAUAAUAAAGCAUCCUAAUUUAU